AUGUUUGAUAUCAACACCACACUCAUAAACUCUGUCAGAAAAAUUGAAAUCGAUAUUGCCAAAAUAAAUCAAAUGGUACGCAUGCUUCAAGAUCAGUUUAGCAAACAAUUUGCCCCAGCUGUCAGUGCAGAAGAUCUUACUCUUAAACGUGUUGUCGAGUCUGUUAAAAGUUCUCAAUUCACUGAGUAUCCUGACCAGCUUGGCAAGCAAGUAAUGGGUACAGAUGGUGAUUUCAAAGGGAAAAACAAAGCCCAGAAAUACAAUUUGUUGUCGCAGUUGCUUAAUGAGCAGGAGUGGAAAGAUCGUUUACAACGAUUUGUCUAUGAAACAAUUGCAGCUCAAGACGUUGAGCUGCACGAUCAAGCACAAUCUCAUUGA